AUGAGCAACAUGAUCAACCGGAGGAUCAACCUGUAUCCACUCUCCAAUUACACAUUUGGAACAAAGGAGCCCCUUUUUGAAAGGGAUCCAUCGGUGGAAGCACGAUUUCAGCGGUUGCGAGAUGAAUUUGAGAAAAUCGGCCAAAGACGCUCUGUUGAGGGAGUCCUUUUGGUUCACGAACACAACCUUCCUCAUGUUCUGCUGCUGCAACUAGGAACGGCUUUCUUUAAGUUACCAGGCGGCGAACUUAAUCCAGGCGAAGAUGAAAUUGAAGGACUGAAGCGACAUUUGACUGAGACAUUAGGGCGAAACGAUGGUCAAGCGAUGGACUGGGACAUUGAGGAUACCAUUGGCAAUUGGUAUCGACCCAACUUUGAGCCACCGCAGUAUCCCUACAUAAGUCCUCACAUUACCAAGCCUAAGGAACAUAAACGUCUCUUUCUUGUGCAGUUACCCGAUAAGGCGUUCUUUGCGGUGCCCAAAAACUACAAACUGGUGGCGGCACCCCUGUUUGAGCUGUACGACAAUUCGCAAGGAUACGGACCAAUCAUCUCAAGCUUACCGCAAGCGCUAAGUCGUUUCAACUUUCUCUACAUGAAUCAGCCGGAAAAGUAA